GCCAUGUGAACCUUCUUGGCUGGAUUCAGCAGUUUCUCUUAGCUUCCUCUUCCCCGUGUCUCCUGACCUCACAGUACUCGAUCUCCCACCGAAUUGAGAGAGAGAAGAUAAAGAAUACAGAGCAGAGGAGGCAGAGGGCAGCAAAAGAGAAGCCUUCCGACACAAUCCUUUCUUCUCCAUAAUCAUUGCCGCAUUUCUUCCACUCCAAGGCAAGAAAACAGAGUGGCAGUGGGGAUGCAGGGCAGCGCCAGGAGGAGGAGCUUCACCAGGAAUGGAGUGGUCGCGGGCUCCGUUUGGGAGGCGCGGAUGAGGGUGGACGCCGUGAACGGCGGGAUCAAGGUCUUCAACGGCGAGGAGAGCCGCGACGGCGACGGCAACGCCGACGAGGAAGGAAUGCGAGUCUACCGCAGGCUGCGGAGGAACCAGAGCGACAGCAUCGCCGCCGGGCGGCGGAGGAGGAUCUGGACGCCGCCUCCGUCAUCGGCGUCCUCGAUGAAUGGAUCGAUCGGCGGAAGUCCGAUCCCGCUGCACAAGGCGCGGUCGGAAUUGGCCGAGGAUUCUCGGGAGUUGGGAGGGGUAGGGCGGGUGCGGGUGCUGGCGAUCGGCGACGGUAGUGAGGGUGUCGGUGGAGAUGAUGGGGAGGUGGAGAUGGAGGAUGAGGUGGGAAGGGAAAGCUUUGAUGACAAGGAGAUGGAUCUGCCGGUGGAGAAAGGGAAGAGCGUGGAGGAGGAGGAGAAGACAAUUAACCAGGUCCACGAAAUUCCUGCGUCGUCGCCGCCGGUUGUCGAGAAGAAGCAGAAUUGUGCUGAGAUUGCGACCUCACCAGCUGCAGAAAAGCAAGAGCAGCAGCAGAGUCAGAGGGCAAUCGAUCCAGAUCCUAUCGAACCACCUCCUUAUUCAGAAAAGAAGAAGAUGAAUCACAGGAUAGUUGACCCAGAUCCUGUCGAACCACCUCCUCAUGCAGAAAAGAAGAGGAUUAAUCACAAGAUAAUCGAUCCAGAUCCUGUCGAACCACAUCCUCAUUCGGAAAAGAAGAAGAUGAAUCACAGGAUAAUCGAUUCAGAUGCUGUCGAACUACGUCCUUAUGCAGAAAAGAAGAAGAUGAAUCACAGGACAAUCGACACAGAUCCCGUUGAACCGCCUUCUUUUGAAGGGGCAAAGAGAAUGUUUGACAGCAAAUCUGGGCACCACAAUAGGAUGCAGAGCAUUGUGGAUUUGGUUAUGUGGCGAGAGAUUCCGAAGUCGGCAUUUGUUUUCGGUCUCGGAACAUUCAUUCUCAUGUCAUCUUCCUAUGCCAAGGAUCUCAAUUUCAGCUUAAUAUCAGCAACUUCCUAUCUUGGUCUCAUCUAUCUCGCACUAAUUUUCGUUUACAAGUCCAUCUUGCACAGAGGAGAGAGUGUGGAGUACGAUGAAAGCUACAUGGUGGGUGAAGAAGAGGCCAUCUGGCUUCUAAGGCUGCUCCUCCCUUACAUAAAUGAACUACUGCUUAAGAUAAGGGCCCUUUUCUCUGGAGACCCUGCAACUACCAUGAAGCUGGCUGUGCUACUUUUCGUCAUGGCCAGGUGUGGAAACUCCAUCACCAUUUGGACCCUCUCGAGACUGUCGUUCUUUGGCGUCUUCACUGUACCAAAGAUCUGCUCUUCCUAUUCCACCCAGCUGGCGAAAUAUGGUAACUUCUGGGUGGAGAGGAUUAGAGAUGGGUGGGAGUCAUGCAGCCACAAGAAGGCGGUGGCAGCCGCCAUCUUCACCCUCAUUUGGAACAUCUCCUCCACUGUUGCUCGCAUCUGGGCUGUGUUCAUGCUGGUUGUGGCUGUAAAGUACUACCAACAAUGUGUAGCCGAGGAGUGGCCUGGGCGAGAAGAGGUGGUGGUGGUGGAGGAGGUACAAGAAGUUUCCAAGCCGGCACAGAGCCUGGUGCAGCCGCCCGGGCUGCACCACCGACACAGAGGUGGGACAGCAGUGAGAGAGAGAAAGCAAAAGAAGGGGAUGUAGGAAGAGGUGGACAAUUGUGAGUGCGUGGGUCCCCCCGAAAGCAGUAGAGUAGGACAGCGUAAAAGAGACUCAUAGGAGCGAGAGAAAGAGACGACGAGGGAGGAGGGAGGAGGGUGGAGGGUGGAAGGAGACUGGAACGUUGUGGUGUUUGGAAAGCAUCUUUAGCGAGGAGAUCGAUUCUAUGUGCGUUGUGCGUUUCCAUCUGGCUUUUGUCAGGGGGAAACGGUAAUAAACGUAGCCUCACAGCACAUGGCGUCUCUCUCUGCUGUUCCCUUUGUUUCUUGGGAUGAACGUAUUUUGUUCUCUUGGACCA